AUGGUUGUGUCCGUACAACAGGUGGACGAGGAGGCGGAGAAGGCGAAGGCCGAGAGGGUUCAGGCAUACCAUGAAAAGAAGUCCAAAAAGGCCGCAGUGAUCGCCAAAUCCAAUGUCAUCCUCGAUGUCAAACCAUGGGAUGACGAGACGGAUAUGAAGGCCAUGGAGGCGAAGGUCCGCACUAUCGCUAUGGAUGGUCUCGUUUGGGGCGUCUCCAAAUUGGUUCCCCUCGCGUAUGGUAUCUUUAAACUGCAGAUCGUAUGCGUGGUUGAGGACGAGAAAGUGAGUAUCGAUGACUUGACGGAACAGAUCGAAGCUUUUGAAGACUUUGUCCAAUCGGUAGACAUCGCAGCCUUUCAGAAGAUUUAGACUAAGACUUAGAUUAAUGUUUGGUUUUAUCGGAUCAUGUGAUUGUCAUUUGAUAUGAUUUGCAAUCAAUUUAAAUAAAUUGAAGGUUUUUAACGUA